GUACGGCCUCUAUAAGUACCGAGUCGCUUCCGGUAGCCUCCGUGUAGUUGUUGCCUUUGCGUUCCCGGUUGUCCUUUGCAGCUGGUGUCUGCCGUUAUGCCUGAGCCCGCCAAGUCCGCCCCGGCGCCCAAGAAGGGCUCGAAGAAAGCCGUCACCAAAGCCCAGAAGAAGGACGGCAAGAAGCGGAAGCGCAGCCGCAAGGAGAGCUAUUCCAUCUACGUGUACAAGGUGCUGAAGCAGGUGCACCCGGACACGGGCAUCUCGUCCAAGGCCAUGGGCAUCAUGAACUCCUUCGUCAACGACAUCUUCGAGCGCAUCGCGGGCGAAGCGUCCCGCCUGGCUCAUUACAACAAGCGCUCGACCAUCACGUCCCGGGAGAUCCAGACGGCCGUGCGCCUGCUGCUGCCCGGCGAGCUGGCCAAGCACGCCGUGUCCGAGGGCACCAAGGCGGUCACCAAGUACACCAGCUCCAAGUGAGUCCCUGCCGGGAUAGUGGCGCUCGCCCGAUCGCCGGGUCGCUUGACUCCAAAAGGCUCUUUUCAGAGCCACCCAUCUUCUCAAUGGAAGAAGCUGUCAUCUUGUUUUCGUUUUCAUAAGCUGUUCUUUUUGUGCCACGUAUAACUUAUUGAAGAUCUGCGUUUCCCUUCUCAUGAAUGACCAGCAUAGGUCCAAAUUUUACAGAUAGGUUGAGAUCUAGCUAGAGUAAGUGUUCAUUCAUUUACAGGCAACUUGCUUUUCAUCACAGUGAAAAGGUGAGAGAUGGGUGGUAAUGAAUUUUGAGAAAGAAUAGUUAACCAGUGUUUACCUUGUAGCUGUUAGAUUUGGUCAGUACUUUGUAAAAGCAUUUUUGAGUUCAGGAAACCAGAUGUAAUGUUAUUGUAAAAAUACAAAGCAAUGCUAGAGACCAUGCCCCAGCGCUUACAGAAAACCUAUAGUGCACUUGGUUAUAUUGAUUCCGUAUGUUGACUGAAAACAAACAAAAACCCCAUAACUUGAAAGCUGAGAAUUAUGUUUUAUUUGGCAUCCUUGCUGAGGACUUAAUCUCAGUAGACAGCCGGGAGAUAGAUUGCUCAAGGGGGAGCCAAGACAUAUAGGAGUUUUGCAAAAACAAACCAGGUAGUUGAACAAAAGACUAAUAAUUAAAAAAAGAAAAAUCAAGAGUUUAGCACUUUUCUUUGUAUGGGAAUAUACAAGAGUAGGCUGAUUGAAAUUAUUCCUUUGGUAUGCACCUUAACUAUCUAGGGCCAGUAUUCUAUUUUUCUCCAUCCUGAUUCCCCUCAGGGUGCACAGUUGAGUGGCUGCAGUGACUAAGGCCUUGAUGGCCACAACAUGUUUUAUUGACAUGGCAGUCAGCAUUUUUCACCCACACGGUGGUUGAAGUAAUUUUUAGUCUACACACACUUCUUAACUUACUUUGGUAUUCCUUUCAGGAGUGUACACUGAAUAUAUUUUGCUCAAAUUCAAGAUGUCAACACUGUCAAUAUAAGAUAAUACUUGAGGGAUAUUGUUACCUAUAGUAAAUCCUCUUUGCCCAGAUGCUGAUACCUAUACACGAUUCCUUAGAGUUAUAGUUUUGCUAUUUUGUAAUCUGCGUAAGAAAGGGAAGAGGAAAGAGGGUUUAUAGCUGUUUAGGGAUUUCAAGAAUUUAGGCCUGCUGAUCAUAAAAUGUCCUCCGGAGACUUCAUUGGCAGCUUUUAUUAUUAAAACUACUUUCCCUUAAAA